UAUAGGGCACCCUUGCACCAAACAACCCCACCUCGUCAUUUGCAGUACUGAGUAGACAGUUGGCGUUACGCUUACUUUCGAAGCCAAGUUCCAAAUUCUUAUGAUUAGUCAGAAAAUGAAGAACUGCAGUUGCUGGAUACUUGUACCUAUUAUAAUUACUGUCCUUGCAGCAGCUGGAUUCUGGACUACGUACGUACUUGCAUAUAGAAACAAAAAGAUAUGUAGCCUUGAUUUACUGGAAAGGAAACAGAAAUGCAAUUUACGCCCUCCUUUUUUAAGUAUUGCAGGUGAUACCCCUCCUGAAAGCUGUAUUUUUAGCCAAGUAAUGAAUAUGACAGCGUUUCUAGUGACUGCUGUUGCUGUCCUCCGUUAUUCACAGCUUAAAGCAAAAGUGAUGAAACCAUGGCUCAAUAUCUUUGGGCUGAUAUCAUUUUCUCUAUCAUCUUUUGGAAUGACAAUAGUAGCGAAUUUUCAGCUGUCUAAUGAGAGAAUAAUACAUAACGUUGGUGCAGUCACCGCGAUUGGCUUUGGAACAGCAGCCUUUUGGAUUCAAGCAGUUCUGACUUUCCAAGGGAAUAUAAAUAAUCAAGGGCGAAAACUUGGAAUCCUCCGUGUUAUCCUCUCAGUGGUAAUCACCUUGGGGUUCAUCGCGUACUUUCUUCUGCUAGCUCAGCAUAGCUAUUUGCAUGGAGCAAGAGUUCAAUGGACUUUAAUAACAUGUUUGCUCUUGUAUGAAGUGACAUUUGCAGUGGACUUUUGGCAUUAUGAUUUUGAGGUCCAUGGCAGAGAGAAGCAAACAAAUUCAAUGGAAACUGUAGCCAGCGUCACCUCUGAGUGUUAUUCAGAGCACGUAUAGAGAAAAGAAUUAUUGACACUGUCCUUCUAAUGGCCCAGAAUACUGGUAGAGAUAUGUCCAACUGUUGCUUUAAAUAUAAAUUCACUGUUUUGAAUCUGUUUAUCUAUCAGUACGUGUUAUAAUUAUGUGAAAUUAUUUUUUAACUUAAGGAUCCAGUCAUGAACUUCAGAUAGUCCACUAAUCCACAAUUGA